AUGGCAAUUAUUUUGAAGAAUAAAGCUACUGAGAAGCUCUAUCUCAACGAAAAAUUGGCGGAUGUACAUUUUGCAUUCAAUGUGGGCGAUGAAAUCCACAAGGUGCCAGCCAACAAAGCCAAUCUGGCGGCAUUAAGUCCGGUGUUUGAUCGCAUGUUCUACGGAUCGUUGACAGAAGAUGGAGACGUUAAAAUAGUCGAUGCAUCCGUCGAGGCGUUCAAAGAGUUUUUGCAAAUAUUUUAUUUGGGUGAAGUGACUAUAACCAUUGAGAAUAUUGAAACCGUUGCUCGUUUGGCUGAUAAGUACGAUGUCCUUGCUUAUUUAAACGAUUGUGCGACAUUCACUCAAAUCGAAUUGACGAUAGACAACGUGUGCUGGGGUCUUCAAAUAGCAUUGGUCCUGAAGAAUCAAACAUUGACCGAAUAUUUUGAGAACAAAAUCAAAGGAUUAACCAAAAAAGUAUUCGCAUCGGAUGCAUUUCGACGAUGUGACAAAGAAACACUGGAACACAUUUUGAAGCUGAAUUUAUCGUGUGAAUCGAUUGAUGUGUUCAAUGCGUGCAUGGAUUGGGCGAGAUAUGCAUGCAAACUAGAUGGUUUGGAUGAAAAACAGGCGAUAAAUCUACGAAACCAGCUCGGCGACCAUUUAAAGUUGAUUCGUUACGACGAAAUGUCAGUCGAAGAAUUCUCUAAAAUUUACAUAGCAAAUGAAGGACUGUUCACUUUGGAAGAGUUCGCAGACAUAAUGCUUACAUUAACAAUAGAUAAAUAUGAACCGAGAUUAUUCAACCAUAUUCCUUGUCAAUACGCACCGAGCAAAUGGAACAAAUGGAACAAAUUCAAAGAUUUAAAAUGUAAGCGAAUAGAACAUAGUAAAGCACAACAUAGCAUUCAAAAAGAGGAAAGGCUAUGCUUCACAUCAAACCAACCGAUUUUAUUACGAUCUAUUGGUUUCCUUAUAACCAGUGCCAUAUCAGAUGCGACUGAUUGUAGUGUAGAAGUUGUCAUCAGGCGAUCGGACACUGGAAAAAUUUACGAUAAAGAAUUGACACUACAUAGAUUAUAUAAGAAAUCAACCAUUUUUCUAGAUACACCAAUUUUUAUCAAACCCGGCAAAAUGUACGAAAUUCGCACAAUUACUCCUUCAGACUCUAUUACAAAUUAUUCGUGCGAUAAAUUGUGGUUGCCGAGAGUAGACCUCGAUAAUGGACUCAAAAUUGAAUUCCAUGAAGAUCACUAUUGCGACUAUGAUAACUCAAUUUAUGGUUGGAUUUCAUGUUUGGGAUUCCGUACACUUUAA